UACUGCCUCAGUGGUGUUGUUGAUCCGUUCUGGUGCAACUGGCCAUUCACAGAUCCAACUUGGUUUCUGACUCCGGACACAUUACACCAUUGGCCUCACGAAUUCUAUGAUCAUGAUGUACAGUGGUGUAUCAGAAUCAUCGGCAUGGAGGAGCUUGACUUUUGUUUCUCUGUCUUACAACCACUCAUGACAUUCAGACAUUUCAAACAGGGUAUCUUGACGCUCAAGCAAGUCACCGGAAGAGCACAGCGUGACAUGCAGCAUUACUUUGUUGCUGUAAUGUAA